CCUACAGUUAGUAGAGGUAGAGUUAUGGGCAUAUGUUUCGAAAUGUAGCGCCCUGGCGCAAGUUUUCGAAGACAAACCUACAAACACACCACGAGGAGGCAGCACCCGGAUACCAAUUCAUGGAAACACUAAAACCAAAGAAGAAGAGCGGCAGGAAUUGGUGGUAAAGUGCUUUAGUCGGCGCCUGCAAUAUUUGAUUAUUAUUUAAUGGCGGAUGACGGGGAGAAAUCUGAAGACGCCACAGAGCAGGCUACGGCCAGCUGCUCCGCUUCACCGAAUGUGCAUACAACCGCGCCCAUCGACUGUCAACUCCAAGAGGCAGUUCGUUUAAAAACAGAAGGCAACACUUUCUAUCGGGACAAAAAUAUUCGAUCUGCCAUUGGACGUUAUCAUCGUGCCUUGAUUGUUCUUCGUGGCCUUGACCCCAAGGUUACGUCCGCAGUUGAGGGGUUCGGACCCAAAGCACCUGUACUCAACUCGGAACAACAGGAACUCUUAAGGAACACUCAGAUCGACUGCUAUAACAACCUAGCAGCCUGUCUGCUACAGCGGGAAAGUGUAGACUAUUCACGGGUGCAGGAAUACAGUCUUCGUGUGCUCCAGUUGCGGCCAGGUGACAUCAAGGCACUCUACAGAGCUGGGGUCGCCACCCUUGAGCUAGGAGAUGCUCAGUCUGCUCGGCAAUAUCUUCUCCAAGCCAGCAGGGGGAAACCUAAUGAUGCCAAUGUGAAAAGGCAGCUGCAGAGAGUGGAGGAGAGGCUUAGUAAAGAGUACCUGAAAGAAAAGGCCCUGUACAAAGGCAUGUUCAGCCAACAGAAGAAUGAAGAAGGGCAGGGAGACAUGGCAACCACCCAGAAACAUGUCUAACUGGACUAAUGUUCAGUUCAGCUCCGCUCAGAUCGGCAAGGGCACAGCUCAAGACAUGAGCAAUGCUGCUAAUUACUGCUUGCCAAAUACGACAAAACAUGUUCCUGUGAAUCAGGGCGAUUCUGUUCACUGACUGAGGUCUGGUGGAGGAAGUGUUGGAGGAACCAUCUACCGCUACGGAAGAUGGACGGCCAAAACAGAAUUUCCUGCACUGACUGACAAAAGUUUGGUUACUUACUCCUUGGUUGUGGUUGUCUUGAAUUUCAGCAAUAUUCCUGAACGGUUGUUCGGUCUUCAAAUUGUUGAUCUUUUGUCACCACGUGAAUGUUCACUUUCCCCCCCCCUCUUUGUUUUAAUGAAAUCAAUAAAUAUUUUUGAAG